UAUAUAUAUAUCUGUUAGUUAGAACUACUUAGGGAAAUGCCGAGGGACAGAGAUUCUCUGGUAGUUGGUCGUGUUGUAGGGGAUGUUUUGGAGCCAUUUACGAGGUCUAUAAGCCUUAGGGUGGCCUACGGCGGCCGAGAUAUCACCAACGGCUGUGAUUACAGACCGUCUCACGUUGCUAACCAGCCUAGGGUUGAGGUUGGCGGCCAUGAUCUUCGCACCUUCUAUACUCUUGUUAUGGUGGAUCCUGAUGCUCCAAGCCCAAGUAAUCCAAGCCUAAGAGAGUACCUGCACUGGUUGGUCACAGACAUCCCAGCCACCACAGGAGUUGAUUUUGGACAUGAAAUUGUGUGCUAUGAGAGCCCACAACCGUCGAUGGGAAUCCAUCGUUUUGUGUUUGUGUUGUUCCAGCAGCUGGGCAGGCAGACAGUUUAUGCUCCGGGAUGGCGCCAGAAUUUCAACACUCGAGACUUCGCCGAGCUUUACAAUCUGGGCUCGCCGGUCGCCGCCGUCUACUUCAACUGCCAACGGGAAACUGGCACCGGCGGCCGCCGCCGUUAAUCGAACAUAUGUUAGUUGAUUAUCAGUAGCUCCGCCCGCCGGCUACCAUUUGACUAGCUUAGCUUCUUCGUUUCCUAACAAUAUAUGCUUGUAACUGUGAUAAUGUUACGAUAAUAACAGCAGUAAUUAUUAUUCAC